UUCCCGUCGUGCAGUGCGUGCUCCCGGGGCUGCCGGGAGGCUGCGGUGACGCGUCUGUGUCCCCGGCGCAGAUUUUUUUCCUUCGAAGGACAAUGGGAGUUCAAGGACUUUGGAAACUGCUUGAAUGCGCUGGGAGACCUAUAAACCCAGAAAUGCUAGAAGGAAAAAUUCUGGCUGUUGAUAUCAGUAUUUGGUUGAACCAAGCAAUAAAGGGAGCUAGAGAUCGUGGUGGUAAAUCCAUACAAAAUGCUCACCUCCUCACUCUGUUUCAUCGUCUCUGCAAAUUACUGUUUUUCCGAAUUCGGCCUGUCUUUGUUUUUGAUGGAGAGGCACCGCUUUUGAAGAGACAAACCUUGGCUAAGCGAAGACAAAGAAGGGAAAGUGCCAUGAGUGAUUCCAGGAAAACCACAGAGAAGCUCUUGAAAACAUUUUUGAAGAGACAAGUUAUCAAAACUGCACUUACAGGCAAAAGCAAUGAAGCUUUGCCCAGUCUGACAGAAGUUCGAAGAGAAGGAAUUGAUAUGUAUGCAUUGCCUUCUUUAGAGGAUGAAGAGAAGAACAGCUCAGAAGAGGAAGACGAAAAAGAAUGGAAAGAGAGAAUAAGCCAUAAAAAUAUGUUGAUGGAAGAGUUAUGUGAAAAUCCUUGUUCUAUAGAUGUUGAAUCAGAUGAUUUCAACAAGCUGCCUCCAGAAAUAAAACACGAGAUCUUGACUGACAUGAAAGAAAUCACGAAGCGAAGAAGAACAUUAUUUGAAGCAAUGCCAGAGGGGUCCGAUGACUUUUCCCAGUACCAGCUUAGGGGUUUGCUUAAGAAAAGCAGCCUCAAUCGGUGCAUAGAAAAUGUAGAAAAAGAAUUGAAUCAACAGCACUCGGGUGAAAUCCAAACACAAUAUGAAAAUGAAGGUGGUUUUGUGAAAGAAGUGGAAUCUAGGAGGGUAGUCUCUGAAGAUACUUCUCACUAUAUCCUAAUAAAGGGCAUUCAAGCAAAAGAAACUACAAGUGGAGACUUGGAAACUACUGCAGGGCCUUCAUCAAAAAUGCUCGAGUUGAUUAAAUCAAAUAAAAUCAAUGAAUCUCCUGCUAAUGCAAAGCCAGUUACAUCUGACAAGUUGCAGACAGAGAAAGAUAACAGUGUGGUGACAGCACCACCCUCUCCUCGGACUCUGCUUGCUAUCCAGGCAGCUAUGAUAGAAAGCAGCUCAGAAGACGAACUGGGGGUUGAAGAUACUGGAAAAUUGAACAUAGACCAAUCUGUAACGGAGAAAGGCAGUGUGUCUCCAAGAACACUACUGGCAAUUCAGCAAGUUCUGAGUGAUGAUGAUAAAAAGGAAGAAGGUGUUACUGUUAGAACCGAUGGAGCAUUACGAGAAAGAUCAGAAGUAAAAGAUGUUCUGCUUAGUAGCUCAGAUGAGGAAGAUUGGAUUCCUAAAGUUAAGGAGGGAAAAAAACCACCUACAAUUCAUUCGUCAAACCAAGUGAUUAUGCAAGGCGCUGAAUGUGAACAAAAGAAUCAGGAGUUGGAAGAAAAUCAUGUUAUACUCAAGAACACCAGUGUAUCUAGAACUGAAAAUUAUUCUUGUAUUGACAAUACUGGGAAAGGCAAAGAAGAUGUAGGCAAAGAAGUUGUAGACAAAGAAGAAAAUGGUUCCAAAAUGGGCUUAAGUUCUUUGAGAGAUAAGGAUUUGUGCUUACAGAAGCCAAGCUGUUCCCCUGUACAAACUAGUGUAGAAGCUGUAAUUCAUGCUGAAACAACAGAACUUUCUAAAAAUGAAGAAAAUGUGAAAAUUUCUGAAAAAAUAGAGGAAGUAAUUUUGCAAACAGAAGAGAAUGUUUCUGAGGUACGAAAGGAUAUUGGAUCUUUUCCAGAAACAAAAGGUCCUGACGAAGAAAGAGAAGGGAUAUCACAAUCUGAAGACAGUGAUUCUGAUGGGAGCUUCAUUGAAGUGGAUACUGCAAUCAGUAAUGAAGUUCAGUUUCUUCCUAAAUAUGAUGAAAAACUGGUUGGUGAAACAGCAUUUCCAGAAAUGGAGACAGACAGACAAGAUAUUGUCACACAGGAUUUGCUGAAGGAGUCUGAUCAAGUGCAGCUGGCAACCAAUCAGAAUGCUGAAAGAGAAGAUGAUGGUAAAGAUGCAGCGGAUGAGUGGCAAAAUAUCAGUUUGGAAGAAUUAGAAGAAUUAGAAAAUGAUCUUUCUGCUGAGCAGAAUAUGCUUCAGACUCAAAAACAGAAGCAGGAACGCGUUGCUGCUUCUGUAACAGGACAGAUGUUUUUGGAAAGCCAGGAACUUCUCCGUCUGUUUGGCAUUCCAUAUAUUGAAGCUCCAAUGGAGGCAGAGGCACAGUGUGCUUUAUUGGACCUUACUGAUCAGACCUCUGGGACGAUCACUGAUGAUAGUGAUGUUUGGUUAUUUGGUGCACGACAUGUUUAUAAAAAUUUCUUUAGCCAGAACAAAUACGUGGAAUAUUAUCAGUAUGUUGAUUUUCAAAACCAGCUGGGAUUGGAUCGAAGCAAGCUAAUUAAUUUGGCAUACUUGCUUGGAAGUGACUACACUGAGGGCAUCCCAAAUGUUGGCUUUGUAACAGCAAUGGAGAUUUUAAAUGAAUUUCCUGGACAUGGAUUGGAACCUCUCUUAAAAUUCGCUGAGUGGUGGAAUGAGGCUCAGAAGAAUAAGAAAUUGAGACCUAAUCCACAUGAUACCAAAGUCAAGAAGAAGCUGCGAGACCUGCAGCUUUCUUCAGGUUUCCCAAAUCCUGCAGUGGCAGAAGCAUACCUGAAACCUGUGGUGGACGAAACAAGGGGUUUGUUCACCUGGGGGAAACCUGAUGUAGAACAGAUCAGAGAAUUCUGUCAGAAUCACUUUGGCUGGACUAGGACAAAGAUAGAUGAAAUCCUUUUGCCUGUGAUGAAACAGCUGAACUUGCAGCAGACUCAGCUCCGAAUUGAUUCAUUCUUCAGACUAGCACAGCAUGAAAAACAAACUAUUAAAAGUCAGAGACUGCGCAGAGCUGUGACCUGUCUGAAGAGAAAGGAAAAAGAAGAAGCUGAUGAAAUUCGAGAGGCCACUGCUAUUAUGGAAAUAGAACUUAAACAUCAUGAGGAAAGGAAAGGGGAAAGUACUGCAGGCUGCGCAAAUCAAGCUGUGGCAACAGAAGUUCGAAGUGGAAAGAGAAGAAAACAUUCAAAUUCUAGCAAAGAACAUUUAUAUGCAGGUGGUUUUAUUGGGAAUCUGCAUCUUUCAGAAACUUCUAGUGACUCCUCAUUUGAGGAAUCAGAAAGCAGAGAUUCAGGCAAAAGCAAAAGGAGGAAAAAUAUGUCUGCAAGGGAGACAGCAGGCCAUAAAGAGAAAACAGGGUGCAGUAGCUCAAGUGAUGAGGAUGGAGAACAUAGAAACGUAGUCAUGGUAACUGCCAAACCUGUGUUUGAGGGCAGAAAAAAGAGAUUACAGAGGAAGAGAGGAAGAAAAAAGAAAAAUUUUUAGAGAAAAAGUCUUAAAGAAAUACAUGUGUGUGUUUUCUAUGACAUAAGCUUUGUAAAUAUUCUAAUGAAUUUUUGCUUAAAGAAAAUAAAUAAUACCUAUUUGUCUUGUAUUUGUCAUGCAUUUUGUGUCCACAACUUAAC